CAAGGGCUUGAAGUCACCGCUCGGAAGAUCUGCAUCGGUAUAAUCUUUUGCGCGAUUGUCAAGAAUAAGUCGGUUGGAGAAGUAAAUAUUGUUGAAAAUAAAUCUCAUGAUGGCGUCCCUUUCGACCAAAUGGCUCACCACCGCGCUACUGGCUGCCAAGUUUGCGGCCGGCGAGGUACCAAGCACGUCUUUCGAGACACUCGCCGACAGGCACCCGGAUUUUUUGGAUAUUAUCAACGGGGAAGACGGGGGCUACGAAACCGUGCUCACACUGGAGUUGCCGUAUGCGGAUAUCAGUAUCCCGAUGAAGUUUGUGGUGGAUUGCGCCCAGCAGCGGGAGCAGAUCGACUAUUAUCAGGGCCUCGAGACAGAUUACUUCGAUAAGUCGGGAAAAUACAAGUAUGUUUUCAAGAACAAUGAGCGCGCGUGUCUGCACAACGAGCCGCCGCAUCAGGGGCCAGCGCAACUCGUUCAUCCCUUUCCGCUGGACCUGAAAACCUACAAGCACGAGGGCUCGGUCAUUUUUCAUGGUACAACGAGCUGGUUCAUCUUCUCGGAUGCUGCCAUUCGCGCCCUCUGGAUUCUAGUAUUUUUGCCCACGAAGAUUGAAUGUUAAUGUUAUACUUGGAAAUAUAAAAUUCCUCUUCCUGCAUCAGAAGUGUUUCGAUAUUUUUGGCUCGCAGGUAUCAAGGUGGAGAAGUACAGCACGAUGGCUCCGCAUGGCACGACGCACACAAUGGAUGACCAGUUGGUCUUCUACUACGACAACCUGCUGCACCGACCGGUCGGGUGGCACAUGCAUUCGCGGAACAAAAUUUUCGAUUCACACACGGACGAGUACGUUGUUCGGUACAUGUCAUUCACCAAACUCAGUUCUCCCCACGUUGGUGCGCUCCCGGAUGCGUGCACCAAAGCCGCAACCGCAGAGAGGAAUAAACCUGCGCAGGUCUGGAGUUUCCCCCUGCAGUGGAUCUUUUCCUCGCGCACCGCGGGGGCACCGGCGGUCUUGGCUGAUACAGCGAACAGCGGUACUAGACUUGGCGUUUCUUGUCAUGGUGUUUAUGAGAGAAGUUGAAGUUUUCUUGCUUCUCUUCUGGGACUGUUGCGGCGCACUUAGUGUUUCAUUUUCACUUGCAAAACCGCUCUGGCUCUGUUCCAACUCAGGCCGCGGCAUCAGUGCCGAAUUUUCUGCGUUCGCCAUGAAGCACGGGCUUUCCUACGAGUCGGAGCAGGAGUGGAGCCGCCGUGACGCAAUCUUCCGGGCAAACGUUGCACAAGUCAACCGUUUGAAUGCGGACCACGAGGGGCAAGCGAAGUUCAAGCUGAACAAGUUCGCGGCGAUGACUGUUGAGGAAGUGAUGUCUUUUCGCGGGGGGCACCGCAAAGGGGAGCAGGAAACGCUCAAGGCCACAACUUUGGCUACGAAGGAGGAACUGUACGAUGCUGAUGCAUGAAUAAUCCGUUAUAAGUUUCGCACAGGAUGACAAUUCGUUUAUAGUCUUAGACCAAAUCUUCAUCGCAUGAAGGCCGGAGGAUGACAUCAAGUUUGUAGCGUCGACGUUUCAGGAACAAUACAAAAACAGUGCUGCCCUGCCCGCGGCGCCGGAGAAGGACGAGAACUUUGACUGGCGCAUCCACCUGCCCGGUUCCCUCUCCCCAGUGAAGGACCAGGGGAUCUGCGGGUCGUGCUGGGCGUUCUCUCUAAUUUCCGCGGUGGAGAGCGCCAACUUUCUGAAGACCAAGCAGCUGGUCUCCCUCCCGGAGCAGUUUGUCAUCGACUGCACCUGGACGCCGGAACUGGCGGCGUGCGACGGCGGGGAGAGCAACCUGGGCGCACUAGAGAUCAUCAAACGGUUCGGCGGGGAAGUUCCGUCUACGGACAGCUACGGCCAGUAUCUCACGGUCGACGGCUACUGCCACAAGGAAAACUUGAAGACCGGCGCGCUGCUGUCCAGCUGGGUCUCCCUGCCGGCCCGGGACGACGAGGCGGUCAUGCGGGCCUUGCUGCAGCAGCCGCUAUCCGUCGCCUUUAACGUGGGCGCGGCCACGUUGUACUACGACGCGGGGAUUCUGAACGUGGCGGAGUGCGAGAAGAACACGUCGGACGACCUGAACCACGCCAUCAACCUGGUCGGGUUUGGCACCUGCAAGAAGACCGGGCUGAAGUACUGGACGCUGCGCAACUCCUGGUCCACCUACUGGGGCGAGAAGGGGUACUUCCGCGUGGUGCGCGGGAAGCGCGACUGCGGAGUGACCACCGACGCGGGCUAUCCGGUCGUGCAGGGCGUCCACCUGCAACCGGCGCCGGAGCACCGGGGGGAAAAUGCGGUGUUGACCAAGGAAAUCUACGUGUAGUGCGAGGGAAUUUAUUUUUCGGCCUCAAGGUCGACAAGAUGCUGGCUGCUCCCCGUGUAGUAUAAAAACGAAGCAACCUGCCCACGGGCUCUGUAAACAAAAGUCAUUGGAGGUCACGGCAUUAAUUUGGUCUGUACCACUUAAUUUUGCAUAGAGACGGCGCGUCUGAUGUAUCAAGGUUCUUCCUCUAUUUUUUGCCGAUCGGAAAAACUGAAAGACGCAGUAAUGUAUCUAUCACUCUCUUUUCUUGCAGACUGCAUAAUCAAAACACGCUUUGAUAGCCGCGAAUUAGCCGGUGUACGCACUAUUUUGCUUUUCUUUGUGGUUGAACUUGAAGACUUGCGCCACGAACAUACACAUGAAUGGCUCUCGUAGAGAAAUGGACUAAUUCUUGGCAAAUAAAU